AUGUCGCUCCGCUUCGCCUCUCGUACCCUCGCUUCGGCAAGCCGUCUCCCGGCUCGUUCCGCCGCCGCGCCGGUCGUUCGCUGCAUGUCGUCUUCGCCCGUGAUGUACAAGAAGGCCGAGGAGCCCAUCUCCUCUGCUCCUGUUGUCAUGCAGGGCAAGCCGCAGUUCCCGGUGUACGUUGACCCCUUCAACCCGCCGAAGCCCGACGAGGCCCCGAGGGAGUACUCGGAGGGCACGAAGAACGUCGUCAAGGGCCUCGCCCGUGCGAUGGGCUACAACAGCCAGGCGACGACAGCGAUUCGUGAGACAAGGAAUAUGAUGAAGGAGAUUGUCGACGCUGUCGACAGGGACCGGGAUUUCUGGUACAAUGCUUGCAAGCUGCCCCCGACUUACCAGUCAUUCUUCCAGCUCCACCUGCUCUACGUCCUGCUUCUGGUGACCCGCCUGCGUGCCAUCCGCACCAACCCUGACGCUCCCGUCGAUGUCGAGAAGGACGGACCUGCGAUGGGAUCCCCUAUCCAGCUCCGAAAGCCUGCGCACGAGAGCUAUCCGACCGAGCUCCUGUCGCACUUCUUCGACCUCGCCGAGUCGCAGAUGCGCCUCGUUCUUGGCCGCACGGAGCGCGAGCGUGUCGUGCGCAAGUAUAUGGAGGAGAUGGGCGAGCAGUGGAAGGGCGCCGGAACGGGCCUGGACUACGUCCUUGGUCUCGGUAUCUCGGAGGACCCGGCCGAUCAGGCUCGCGCCGACUCGGAGCUCGCGAGCUGGGUCUGGCGCAACCUCUUUGCCAGCCGGGGCGUGACGCCGCCCAGCCCGGCCGUUGAGCCGACCGUUAACGAGCUCGAGUUCAUCGAGCAGCUCGAGUCCGUCGUCCACUUCGUCAGGAGAGAACUUCACAGGCUGUCGCAGAUCUCGGACGAGGACGUCAUGGCUGGUAAGGUUGGCGAGUGGGACAGGGUUGAGAAGGCGUAG